AGAAGAGUGAUGGAUGUCACUCGAAACGUCCGGAAAUAAAAAUCCGUAACUGAUCCAGUAGUAGAGUUUGAAUUUUCUUACGAAUACCGAAUACCGAUUCAUAUGCAGUACUGAACAUUACUGACAGAUGGCGCUUAUACACUAUCACCUAGCGCCAAACGUCAUCAAACUGUGUGCUCUAUGUGACGUCAUGUAGCAACAGCGCACACGCCGCCCGCUGAGAAAGGUAGUUACCAGCAGUACAGUCGCGCAUGAGUAUCCAGUAUGGGCAAGAAAGUAAAGAAAGAAGUAGAGCCGCCACCCAAGGAUGUGUUUGAUCCUGUGGGAGUGGAGAGUAAGAAGGCCCAGACUGUAGUGCUGAUGCUCAGCAGUCCUGAGGAGGAGGUCUUGAGUAAGGCAUGUGAGGCAGUCUACAAGUUUUCAGAGAAAUGUGAAGAGAACCGAGGCACGAUGUUAGAACUGGGUGCAGUGGAACCACUUUUCCGUCUCCUUAGCAACGAGGAUAAACUGGUCAGAAGAAAUGCCUGUAUGGCUUUCGGGGUGCUGGCUGAGCAUGCUGAAGUCAGGAAGGUGAUGCGCAAGAUAGAAUGUAUCCCAGCAGUCCUUGCUCUCCUUGCACCUGAAGAGGACACCAUAUGCCAUGAGUUUGCCUCCCUUUGCAUAUCCAACAUGGCGCAAGAGUUCACCAACAAGGUCAUCAUCUUUGAGCAGAGCGGACUGGACUCGCUGAUCCGCCUCAUGGCCUCGCCUGACCCUGAUGUUCAGAAGAACUCCACAGAAGCUCUGUGCAGACUGGUCGAUGACUUCCACAGUCGUGCUGCUAUUCGAGAACUGGGAGGUGUUCCACCACUGCUGGACCUCCUGAAGUCGGAAUAUCCUGCCAUUCAAACAGUGGCCUUGGACACACUUACCAAGAUCACGCUAGACGCUGAAACCAGAGCAACACUUCGAGAAGCAGAAGGGCUGGAGAGGCUGAUUGAGUUUCUGGGAACAAAGGAGUUUGACGACCUCCAUGUGAAUGCCUUACAUGUCCUCUCCAACUGUCUGGAGGAUGCAGAGUCAAUACUGGAGCUUCAGGGCACCGGAGGUCUGCAGAGACUCAUGCAGUUCACUGCAGAAACAACCAUUCCAGAUGUUCAACAGUACGCAGCAAAGUCAAUUUCCAAAGCUACAAAGUAUGCUGAAAACUGGAAGAUGUUUCAUGAGAAUGAAGUGGAGAAAGCGCUGGUAACCCUGUUGGGAGCUGACAGUGCGUCUGUGCAGGUGGCUGCUGCCCAGGCCAUCUCUGCCAUCUCUGAGCACACGGGAAGCAAAGAUGCUUUCUGUAAAGUUGAGGAGGCAAAGGGAAUGGAGUUACUGGUGAAACUUCUGUCGAGUGAAAACAGCGAUGUGAAAGAGGCAGCAGCACUGGCAAUCUCCAACCUGACCACUGCUCAUCCCACUAACUGUUUGGAGGUUGUGGAGCACAGUGGUAUCGAGCCACUGGUCCAUCUCCUUGCAGAUCAAAAGGAUGGGGCGGUGGCGAAUGCAGCAGUGGCCCUGGCCAACUUAGCUGGAGAUGAGAUCAUCAGGAUGGAGGCGGUGAGGAUGGGCGUGGUACCUGCCCUCAUCCAGCCGCUCAAGUCCAACAACAGCGUGGUCAUCAGUAAAGUGUGCCUGGCUCUGGCUGCGUACAUGUGUGAUUCAGAUGCCAGGUCGGAGCUGCGUUCCAAUGGAGGACUGGAGAUCCUUAUAAAGCACCUGAACUCAGACAACGAUGACGUGCGUCGUGCUGCAGCCUGGGCUGUGCUUGUAUGCGGAGGAGACCCACCAACUGCCACAGACAUCUGCAAGUUGGGAGGUCUGGAGAUUCUCCAGGAAAUCAACCAGUCUGUGUCCAGGCAGAACAAGUUCACUCAGGCAGCCAUGGACAAACUCCUGGACUCCAACCUGCCGGCCAAGUUUGCCCUGACUGGCUAUCUGGGACCAGACAACAGCAUUGCAGAUGGUUUCUUUGAUGCUGGGCCGUUGAGGCCAGACUCUCGCUUCAAGUCUUUGGAUGAGCUCAGCACUCAGGAGGUUAAUGAGAAGAGGCCCAUCCUGCUGGUUAACGUCCAGCCUCAGGAGCAGCACUCUCCACAGCCCCCGGAGGUGGAGAGUAAGACAGAAAGUAAAGCAACCAACCAGAAACCGUCCAAGAAGGAACUAGCAAAAGGAAAAAGCAAGGCAUCCAAAGAGAAGGAAGAAAAACAGAAGGAGGAGGAAAUGCAGCUUCUGCAACUGAUUUUACAGCAACAAGAGGGAGACAGUGGGUCGUACCACCCUCCAAUGGACCAUGCCCUGUAUGAGUACAUUGGUGAAGUUUCCAGCAAGAUCAGGCCCAUGCCUACCACCAGAGAGCAGGUCGUUGCACUUGCAAGGUUUGUAGCCUACAAGAUGGGAGGACCCGUUGAGCGAGGCAAGCUCUCAACCUUCAGCUACGAACUGCCCAUCAGUCAAAUUAAGUACGAGUUGAAGUCAAACAUUUUACCAAUUGGGCGGAUCAAGACUGGCAUACACUAUCACCGAGCCUUGCUCUUCAAGGCACUCGCUGACCGGAUUGCUGUCCCGUGUUCCCUUGUACGUGGAGAAUACAACAGAGCCUGGAAUGAGGUCGUGCUGAAUGUUGAUGACACUGCCAAUGGUGCAAAGUAUCCUCCAAAGCUAUACGUAGUUGACUUGAUGCACAUCCCAGGGAGACUGAUGGAGGGAGACUCUUCUGAAGCUGUCCAGUACAAGAAAUUAUAGAUCUGCCAUAUUGUAAGGUCACAACAUUCCUUUGAUUACUGUAAAUCUUGUGUUUGCAGCAGUUUUAUGUUCACGGUUUUGGCAGAGAUCUCUUACCAUGAAGUCAUGGCACCUCAGUUGUGUGUCAAAUUUCUGUGAUGAGAAGUUACCACAACCCAGAUGUAGCACUGUGACAAAUAUUUCAAGAUUUAACAGUAGCAUUUCAUCAAAUUAACUUGAUGUUGUAAUUAAUGCAAAGAUUCAUGAAAUGCUGAAAUUUGUAUAUGUUUUUUGGGGUGUCAUUUGCAGAGAAUGGGCAAUAGUGGCAUCUGGAAAAUUGUGGCAAGAGUGUACAAGUGACACUCUUGUUUGUAAUUUUGCUGUGAUAGAUGUGAUCUAUUGUACAGAAUUAUAAUUGGGCUGUACAUAUAAGUAAAUAAAUAAAAGUAUGUUU